UAUCAAUUAGCGGAUGCUUUCCGUCUCCGGUAGUGGUUGCAAAACAGACAGAGGUGUGUGGAGUGGAAAGGACACUUCGCAUAGACGCUGAGAAGAAUCUAAUCUCUCAACACGAUGUUGUUGUCAGAAGUACUCCAGGUGUUGAGGGGUGCCGGCAAGGUGGGUGCUGCCUUUGCCACCAUUCAGGGUGAACAGCUUAGACUGAUGGCCUGCAACUCGACCUUUGGUGCAGGGGUCAAAGCUGCACAGGAGGCGGUUGAGGGCGUAAUGGGAGCAGGCGUGGCGCCCAAGACUGAGGAUUUCCCUGACAUUGAGAAGUGGGAGGAGAUGGACCCGGAUGAAGCAGCAAAGUGGACAGUCGGCUCCUUGAGAUGCCUGCUCUGA